GAAACAUUAUAUAGGUAGGGUCGGUCUUCCUUUGAAAAUGCACAUCCUUUUAUAAUAUAUAUGUAAAUAGACAUAUAGAUAGACAGAUAGAUAUAGCCAAUGGUCAUCAUGAAUUGUAAAGCACAAUGGGCAGUUCGGCCCACGACGUACCUCUAGGGGUACUCAACAUUGGAUUGUGCCUGCCUAACUUUGGAUCCAUUGCCGAAUCUCAUGGAAACAGCGUAUUGAUGAUGUUUUCUAUCGGAUUCACGACAUUGAAAAAGGAGGUACACCCUUCUUCUGAUAACAAAUGCCAAGAAGACGUGUUGUUGAAGGAAAUUAGACCAGGAGUACAAGUUCAUAAUAAGGAGGAGGUGGAAGAUCACGAUCAUGACCAUGGUGCGGCUCCGGCGGCAGAGUCUCAUGUGUCUGUGCUGACAGUGUGGAAGAGGUCGAGCAUGAGCUUUCAGGGGACUGAUGGAUUCACUGUUUUUGACGACCAUGGAAGAUUGGCUUACCGAGUAGACAACUAUUCAAGGAAAAGAGGAGGCGGCCUUGUCCUCAUGGACGGAGCUGGCAGGGCCUUACUUACUCUUAGACCUCAGGUACUGAGCAUGCAAUACCAAUGGAAUGCAUACAGAGGAGAAACAGAAGAUGGAUUUGGAACGAGUAGUCGACGCAAAAGUACUAGUAGCAUCAUGAUGAGUGGCAAAGUAUUCUCAAUGAGAAGGAGAAGGAGAAGCAGUGGAUCAGUGUUUUUUCACAGUGGCAACAAUGAUGAAGAGGCAGAGGUGUUCCUGCAUGGAGGAUCUCCAUUAAUAACAAAAGAAAAAGGUGAUGAAACAUCAUCGUCAUCGCCAUCAUCAUCAUCAAUACCAGAUUUCAGGAUUGGUGGGUGUUUUAGGAGGAGGAAUUGCAUCAUCACAUGUGGGAGGACGGGACAACUGGUGGCAAAAAUUGCAAGGAAGAAAGUAAACAGUACAAUCUUGCUUGGGGAUGAUGUGUUUAGCUUAGCAGUACAACCUGGAUUUCACAUUGACCUAAUUAUGGCCUUUGUUAUUAUUUUGGAUCGAAUCUGUGGCAAGCCUUAUGCUCCAGUUUUGUGUUCUUGAUUAUUUCUCUGUCUCUCACAAUUCUGUUUAGAAAUAGCAAAUUCAUUUUCCA